AUGCUGGCAUUCGAGGCCGGACGAGACGAUGCAGCCAAGCUCUCCUGCCGAUUGUACACUCUCCCCCGCAAGCGAGCCACCGAAGCAACAGACACCACAAGCACCCGUGCAGCGAACGCUCCGAAAGCAGCGCAAACAGUCGAGCCAGAGAUGACGGUGGAACCAGAACCUCCAACGUCUCCAACAGUGCCGGAAGGCACCACGAAGAAAGUCAGCGAGCUCGUGGAGGAGUUCAACUUGGACAGGGAACUUCAUGGAGCAGUUCUGUUGGCUGCGGUCGAAUCAGCCAUCGCGGACCCAGAGGCAGAUUCCCCGCCCUCGGAGCGGCUGGAGGUGCCCACAUUGCCCACAGACACGGAACUCAGGCACCAAGGCAGCAGGCUCCUCUCUCUGCCGCUAAUGGCAAAAAGCAUUGGCUGUACGGAGCCUAUUGACAGAACGCCAGAUGCCUUUGAGGAUGCCUUGGAUUUCUCGAUGGGGGUGCAGGAGCCCAUGCAGCAACAUACGACGGCUACCAACGUCGCAAACUCCGUGCAACCAGCGGAAUCCGAGGGCAGGACCCGCCAUGAUCUGCAAGCGACCAUCAUGCAGGUCAUCGCCAACAGGGUGCAGGCUGUCGGGCUUGCAGAGACACUGGAGGCACGGAAGAGUCGCUUGGGCCCAAAUCCAUUGGAUAAUGCACCGCCACGACCAAACUGGCCUUCUCGCAUCCGGCCCCGUGCUGUGCUCGGGCAGCAGUGGCCCCGCCAGUGGCAGCCGGAAAACGCAGGGCCGCGCCCGCCGAAAUCUCCUCCACCAGCGGUGCUCCAAGAGCCGCCGGGUCCACCUCCAGACCCAAGCAAAAAGAUGCUUUCGGCAGAAGCGCCGGUCUUUCAACCUGGACUGUCAUGGCAGCUGCCAUCUCCAGAUGCAACCCCCCAAGAAAGCCGUCCAAUCCUGCAGUUACUUCAGAAAGCGCAGGAGUCCACCAAAGCACAGCAAGUACACUCAGUGGCACAAGUGGCACACUCCGCACCUCAAGCUCGGCAGGCUGGCCAGGCUCCCCGAGCACCAACCCGGCCAGUCUCUCAAGUUCAAGAAGCAUACGAAGCAUACCCGCAAAGCCCACACAUUCCACACAUUCCACAAGUCCCACCGCCGCUUCACCAACUUCGCCAAGCUCGCCAGCCAGCUGAGCUGGGCAAGGGGAAAGAGGGGAAAGAGGGAAAGUGGAGAGGAAGCGAUGCAGUGAUUGGGAGCACGGCUGUUUGGGAUGUGACAGCACAGCGACAGUGGCCAAGGCCAAGGCAGGAGAGGCAGCAGUGGGAGGGCUGGGGCUGGGAGGAAGGGGAAGGUCCAGGAAGCUGGGCUGACUGGGAGCCACAGCGUGGCCGCGGCUGGAGCAAGUCCCAGUCCUGGAAUGACUGGCGGGGCUGGGAGGAAAGGGAUUGGAAUGAGCAGAGCUAUGACGCAAAGGGGCCGGCCGGCAAAAAAGGAAAGAAGAAGCAACG